AUGUUCCACUGCAUUCCCCUGUGGCGGUGCAACCGUCAUGUGGAGGCCAUCGACAAGCGCCACUGCUCGCUGGUCUACGUCCCCGACGAGAUUUACCGCUAUGCCCGCAGCCUGGAGGAGCUGCUGCUGGACGCCAACCAGCUCCGGGAGCUCCCCGAGCAAUUUUUCCAGCUAGUCAAAUUACGGAAGCUUGGACUCAGUGAUAAUGAAAUUCAGCGACUUCCUCCAGAAAUAGCAAACUUUAUGCAGCUGGUGGAGCUCGAUGUGUCUCGAAAUGAUAUCCCCGAAAUUCCAGAAAGCAUCUCCUUCUGUAGCCUGCAGGUAGCCGACUUCAGUGGAAACCCCCUCACCAGGUUGCCAGAGAGCUUUCCUGAGCUACAGAACCUAACGUGUCUCUCUGUAAACGACAUCUCACUGCAGACCCUGCCAGAGAAUAUCGGGAAUCUUUAUAACCUGGCUUCACUGGAACUGAGAGAGAAUCUUCUUACGUAUCUUCCUGACUCUCUCACCCAACUAAGGAGACUAGAAGAACUUGAUUUAGGAAACAAUGAAAUCUAUAAUUUGCCAGAGUCAAUUGGGGCGCUCCUACAUCUGAAGGAUCUCUGGUUGGAUGGAAAUCAACUGUCUGAAUUACCUCAGGAAAUAGGGAAUCUGAAGAGCCUGCUCUGCUUAGAUGUCUCUGAAAACAGGUUGGAAAGACUUCCUGAAGAAAUCAGUGGCCUGGCCUCGUUAACAGACUUAAUCAUUUCCCAGAACUUACUGGAAACAGUGCCCGAUGGCAUUGGAAAACUAAAGAAACUGUCAAUCUUGAAGCUCGAUCAGAACAGACUCACACAGUUGCCUGAAGCAGUUGGGGAUUGUGAAAAUCUCACAGAAUUGGUUCUUACAGAAAACCGUCUCCUGACUUUACCUAAGAGCAUUGGAAAACUUAAGAAGUUGAGCAACUUGAAUGCAGACAGAAAUAAACUGGUGUCUUUACCAAAAGAGAUUGGCGGGUGCUGCAGUCUGACCGUGUUCUGCGUGCGGGACAACAGACUGACUCGAAUACCCGCAGAGGUGGCACAGGCCAUGGAACUUCAUGUCCUAGAUGUGGCAGGGAACAGGUUGCGUCAUCUACCCUUGUCACUGACCACCCUGAAGUUAAAGGCUCUGUGGCUCUCUGAUAAUCAGUCGCAGCCCCUCCUCACGUUCCAGACGGACACAGACCGCACCACAGGGGAGAAGAUCUUAACGUGCGUCCUUCUUCCUCAGCUGCCUUCCGAACCUAUCUGCCAAGAGAGCCUGCCUCGCUGUGGUGCCCUGGAAAGCCUGGUGAGUGACGUCCCCGAGGAUGCCUGGAAUGACCGCACAGUACACAGAGUUAGUGCAAUCCGGUUUUUGGAAGAUGAGAAGGAUGAAGACGAAAGCGAAACGAGAACUCUUCAGAGGCGAGCCACGCCACACCCAGGGGAGUUAAAGAACAUGAAAAAGACGGUGGAAAAUUUACGGAACGACAUGAAUGCUGCUAAAGGACUGGGAUUCCAACAAAACGAGGUCAACCAUGCCCCUGACCGAGUGACAACGUCGGUUUAGCAUUUGCCCCUGAGUUCUACCUGCUGUGUCUUCCCUGCUGCAGAGAUGUUCCUGUGCGCCCGAGGAGCCUCCUGCAGGCCUGUGUCCACCAUCCCUGUGCCAGGAUGCUGCUCCUCGCACAAAGUGCCUUAACGCAUCCCUCAGUCACUCCUCGCACCCAUUGUUUCUCAAUCUCAGUUGUUCCUAAUAAGUAGAAUACACUACUGUCAACCUCUGACCUUCGUUUUUGUCAUAUGUCGGGGUUUAGAGAGAGCAGGAAGGGGAAUCACGGCCCUCUUCCCUCAUUGAGUGCUGGACAUUUUGAACCUAAGUUCUUAUGGACCGACUGAUGAGAGGAAGCUUUAUGUAUGGGGAAAAAAAUGUACUUUUUAACCUUUCUUGGCAGCUCAGAUGGUGUAAAUUUUAAAAUUUUGUAUAGGUAUUUCAUAACAAAAAUUAUGUAUUUCUUAUUUUAUCUGAAGACGGUACAUAUUUUUCAUAUUUGUGGAGAAAAGCAAAUUAGGCCUAAAGUAUUCGUUCUAUCUGUACCAUCCACUUCGUGCCUUACUGUAUCCUGUCCUGUCACACCAGUUGUAAAUAGUGGCAUCCUUGAGCAGCAAGAUGGGGAUAUGAGUGUGGUCAUCUUAAAGCAGUAUUGCAGUUUGAGUAGUAAUGUACCAGAUGGAUUUAUUUUUUAACCAAAAGAUGAAAUUUAUCAGUGAUUUGUAAGUUUCAUCCAGUGUCUCUUCGAAAGAUGAGCCAAAGGAUUAGACUGCUGCCGAAUACGUCACUUCAUAUGCUCGCCCUUGUCCUCAGUUCUGAGUGUAGCAUCAGACUGUGCCUGCCGCCGAAGCUGUGUGCCAUUUGCGUAACGAUGUAACAGCAGAAAAGCACAGAAGAAAAAAGAAAGCCUGUUCAGAAAUUCAGUGCAUCAAUAACUUAUGUA